GUGUGAGACACAAACUGGGAGUUGUACUAUAGCAAGGAACGGUUUGGUUGCUUUUGCGGAAGGACCAGUUAGAGAUAUUGAUAAUACAGAGGUGUAAUGAAGUUUCGUUUUAUUUCUGAAUUUUGAUUUUAUUUUUGUUGAUUUCUUUCCUCCUUUUAUCAUCUGGGCUUUACACAGUGAUUGACUGUAAAAUUAGAAUCCAACUCGUACAUUUUAAUUAGGCUGUUUUUUUUUCUUCUUGAGUGGAAAAAAAUGGACUUUUUACUUAACUCGAAAACUGUUUUUAUUUUUUUAAUAUCAUGGUCACUGGUGGCAUUGUUGACCGCUGGGACGGUGCCUUUCGCGACAACAGGCAAACCUCCGUCUCACCCUCCACCACAGAACCCGGUCCACGACGUGCCCCAUCCGGUUCCUGAGACAGAGAAAAAGACUUUUCCCUUGUUUGUUGUAAAUUACCCUAACGUUCAGAUUCCCUUCGAGAUAACAUUAUGGGUGUUACUAGCUUCAUUUGCGAAAAUAGGUUUCCAUGUGUACCAUAAGAUUACAAUAUGGAUCCCAGAGACCUGCUUGCUGGUUACUGUUGGGCUUAUAGUGGGAGGCAUCAUGCACUCUGUACACGAAGAGCCCCCAGCUGUCCUCACCUCCAGCGUCUUCUUCCUCUAUAUGUUGCCACCCAUUGUUUUGGACUCUGCCUACUUCAUGCCCACUCGGCCCUUUUUUGAGAAUGUGGGCACGGUGCUGUGGUUUUCUAUCAUGGGGACCUUGUGGAACUCCAUUGGCAUCGGCAUCUCUCUUUUUGCUAUCUGUCAGAUUCCGGCCUUUGGUGUUCAGGACAUCAACCUGCAAGAAAACCUGCUGUUUUCCUCCAUUAUUGCAGCUGUGGACCCUGUGGCAGUGCUCGCUGUGUUUGAGGAUGUCCAGAUCCAUGAGCAGCUUUACAUAGUGGCGUUUGGCGAGUCUUUAUUUAACGAUGCCGUCACUGUGGUGCUAUAUAAUCUCUUUAAUCAUGUGGUGAGCUUGCCAGUGGUGGAUGCGGGAGACGUGUUUCUGGCUGUGGCACGUUUUUUUGUGGUAGGCCUUGGUGGAAUUUUAUUUGGCGUCGUAUUUGGCUUUGUGGCAGCAUUCACUACCCGCUUUACAUGGAAGGUGCAAGAGAUUGAGCCUCUCUUCAUUUUCAUGUAUAGCUACCUGGCCUACCUACUGGCUGAGCUGUUAUCCCUCUCCAGCAUCAUGGCUAUUGUAACCUGUGCCUUGACCAUGAAGUACUAUGUGGAAGAGAAUGUAUCCGAGCGCUCGUGCACCACUAUCCGGCACACCAUCAAAAUGCUUGGCUCAGUUUCAGAGACACUUAUCUUCUUCUUCCUGGGUGUUGUUACCAUAACAACAGAUCAUGAGUGGAACUGGGGUUACGUCCUCUUUACUCUCUUCUUUGCCCAACUCUGGAGAACUCUAGGUAUCCUGGUAUUGACACAGAUAAUUAACCCUUUCCGCACCAUCCCCUUCAACUUCAAAGACCAAUUUGGUCUGGCCUAUGGUGGCCUUAGAGGGGCUGUAACAUUUGCAUUAGUUUUCACCCUUCCAGAGACUAUUCUUCGUAAAAAACUUUUUGUCACCACCUGCAUUGUUGUCAUUAUCUUUACAGUCUUCAUCCAGGGUAUCAGUAUAAGGCCACUUAUUGAACUGAUGAAUGUUAAAAAGACGAACUGGGAUCUCUGUACCAUUAACGUUGAGAUUCACAAAAGGCUGAUGGAACAUACCAUUGCAGGGAUAGAAGAUCUCUGUGGACAGUGGAGCCACCAUUCAUUAAGAGAUAGGUUUAUGAGGUUUAAUAACCGGUUCCUUCGUAAGAUUUUGAUCCGUGAUGACCGGGCUGAGUCAAGCAUUGUGGCCCUUUAUAAAAAACUGGAGCUUCAAAAUGCUAUGGAGAUCCUGGACACGGUGUCUGGUGACAUGAAUGCAGCACAAGUCACAUCACUGGAUGAAGAGAAAUUUGUUAAACCCAAGAAGUUGUUGACAACAGAUCUGAUAGCCAUGCAUAAUAUUCUGUCAAAGAACAUGUAUAAAAUCAGAGAACGGACGGCAUCCUACACCAAUAAACAUGCCCUCCCUAAUCAAACUAGAGACAGAGAGAUCCUGAUAAGGCGACAUGCCAGCGUCCGAAACAGCCUUAGAACUGGAAGGCUCCAACGCUCAGAGACAGCUAGGCCCCCAAAAUAUUUUUCUCUUCCUAUGGGUCAGAGUCUGAACUCCCAAUUUGCAACAGGAAGACUAAAUACCUAUGAUGAUGCUGACAAUGUGAGAAAACCUGGUUACCCGUUAGUUAGACCCAGAUUUGGGCCACCUUCACGGACUCCUCUGAGGAGGCUGGAGACCUUUAAGGAGAUGACGGUAGAUGAGGUAAGUGAGGAGCAAAAAAAGUAUGAUUCAUCAAGGCUGAGCUCCAGAUCCACUUCCUCCAGGCUCUCAGCUCCACAUCGGCACAUACACCCUAGGGACAGAGAUGACAUGCCUGAGGGAGAAGAGCAGCAAACUGUAUCUUCCCCUACAGUAUGGAGCCCAGAGCCUCCUGAGCAAGGCACUGGUGAGGCAAGAAACCCUCUGCUACGGAGGCCUCAGUGGAAGUUGCAUAAUGAACAAGGCCAACAGAAGUGAGCGUUCUGUUGGAUUUUAACCAAAUUAUAUGCCUGGUAUGUGAGGAAAUGAACACUAUUGUUCCUUGGCUAGUAAAAAAUGGAAUAAUUUGAUUGUGUCGAUGGUGUAACUCAGUAAUGCAUUUCAAACAUGUUUUUCUGGGUUGUAUGUAGUAACAAAGUGUAAAAAUGCUUUCUUAAUAAUGCUCCUUCUACAACUCCUAGGUCAUUAGGACUGGCCCUUAUUGAUCAAAGUUGUGUAGACAUCUGCAUACACAAUUACUUUGUACAACUAGUAACUGUUUUACAUCAAACCAAGCAGUCAUCUAAGCAUGUUUGAUGAAUGUUAGCUGUGUGCAAACAGGUUCAUGCACAUUUAAUGCCUAUUUGCAUGUUUUUUAUGCUUAUGGCAUGCACCACUUUAACCUCUGCAAGGAGGCUGAGACUUGGUCAUAGAUGGAGCUUUCAACAAGAUGAUGAGACAAACAUGCUUCCAACAAUGACCAUCUCAGUCCUCAGAUUUGAACCAUGUUGAAAACCUGAAGUCUCAAUUGAAGAAGGGAGUCCACAGGCACAGAUAUAACUGUACAAAGGCGCUUAACAUGUACUGCAUGAAGGAGUGGAACAAAAUCCCUUUACAAGUGAGUUCAGCCUUGUUCAACAUAACAGGAAGCUAUUCAGUGUUUUCUCCAGAGAUGCUGACAGUUUUGAAGCCACUGUAUUGCAGGAAACUUGCUAUACUUUUUUGUAGGAAGUUAUGGAAACUUACUGUUUUUAUCAUAUUUUUUAAAUAAAGCUGUCUACGGUCAAAAUUGUGUAGAAAAUUGAACCCUUUCCCAAGCUCCCCUGUAGGUAUUUGUACUCCUAUUUAUGGCUACUUUUAAAAUUCAUUUUAGAACUUUUUUUUUUUUAAGGUUCAAAUGUGAUGUGUAUGUGAACAUGUUAUGAAAUUAUGUAAUGACCUCAAAACACACAUUGCACAAAUGCAUUGAUUGCUCAGUUAAAGGGCUAAUGAGCUAAUAAAGAUCCAUAUCUGUGCAUUCUGAUUCACUUUUAUAAAUUAUCUACAUUUUAAUUCACAUUCCUACAGUUUUUUUUUUUGGUUACUGCCAACAUUACUGCACUUAUUGCGGGCUACUUCUAUAAAUACUGAAUUUUGAUUUAAAAAAACUAUACAUCAAGCAUUUUUUAAGUUGAUAAAAUGUUACACUUAAAUUUACAUGUACUGUGACCAGACAUGAGUUUCACUGUACAGAUAAAUCAAACAUGAAAUUUAUGAAAAGGAAGCCAUCAGUGGAUUGGGUGUAUGCUCAGAUUUGACCAUGCACAAUUUUUGAUGAUUAAGGCCACUGAUUGUGUAUUACUUGACUUGACUUGAGCUUCUUUUAGGGACAAUCCCACUUGAAGUGAUUUGGCGGCCUAUAAUUUGGAACUGCUAGUUCUCAUACUGUGACCAAGCACACACAUUAUGUGUUUCUUUUUUUCCAAAGUUAAAUUUGUAUUUCUUUUCCAAUAAUAAACCUAUAAAUGUCAUCAUAAAAUUCUUUAUGUAGCAGUACAUUUUUUAUCUAAUUGUUUCUCAUUUUUUGAAUAAUUUUAUCAUGAAAGUUUGGAUAUUUGAUACAAUCUGGAAGCAAGUGUUUGACAUUUUCUAUUACACCACAAGUUGUACAUUGAUUGGAGGUUUGUUUGUUUUUUUUAAAGAAAGUGUAUCAUUAAGUAGACAUUUUCCAAAUCUAAGUCUUGUAAUUAUCCUUUGUUUCUGUUUUUGUCAGAAUACGUGGUGUGUUGUAAUAUUUGGUUCUAGUUGGUAGAAGAAUCUACCAGUUUGAGAGUUAUCCCAUCUGUCUUGCCAUAUUGUAAAAAUAACAUCUUUAUGUUUUGUGUUAUCAGCAGUGGUAGAAGGGUAACGAAUGUCAUAGUUUUAUUUACUGAUCUUUUGGCCAAUUUAUCAGCCAUUUCAUUUCCUAUAAUACCCACAUGAGCUGGAAUCCAACAAAAAACAACUGUACCACCCAUAUGUUUAAACUGAUACAUAAGAUAUCGGAAAUCUAAUAAUUCUAUAUCAUCUUCCUUUUGUAUUACUUGAUUACCAGCUUUGUCUCAAAUAAUUAUGAACAGUACACUAGUUUGUUUGAUUUUCCAUGGUAAAGGUGCGCUGUAAAAUAUUUAGUUUAAAACAUUCAAAAAUUAAAUAAAAUUAACACAAUGUGAAGAAAUGAAUAUUUUUAUUGUUCAGUCAUAGACGUCUAUGUAUUGUGUUGCAGAGAUACUGAAGUUAGCAUGCUAACCCCCGGCCCGUCCUGUAUUGUAAUACCACUUUGUAUCUCAAGAGGCAAUAGUGAGUCACUGUAGCGUCCAGUCCAUCAUCAGCGAAGAAAAAGAGCGACUAUCAAAGGCCGUUUAUUUAACUACACCCGUUUGCAACAGAGCUGUGAUUGGACAGUGAUUACAUUUCCUGGUGGCAUAAAUUCAGCCUGUAAUUUUCCUAAAAAGAAAUGAGCCAGAGACCUGCACUUGGGUGUGAUAUGAUCCUUUAGCAAGUUUUUUUUUUUUUUUGGUGGGGGGUGUUUCGUGUUUGAAUAAGAUGCUAAACAAUGAAGUGAGUUUGCCUUUCACUCAGGCAUGUUAUCCUCACAGGGAUUGUGUGCAUUUCUUUGCUUCCCAGACACCACAACUUUCUGCUGUUUCCCCCUGUUUGUUUAGUGUGGAGUAUGAAUCGACAGGUGUCCAAUUCUUAGCACCCUCAAAAGAUAAUGCAGUGUUUUUUAAUGUAAUAAUUUUUAAAUUAACAUCUUUCCUGUUUAUGUUGCGGAACAACCUAUUAAAACUUGUAUCAAUAUUGACUAAGUCACGGCACCAACUGUUGCAUCAGAGAUUCAUUAUCAUGUAUCAUCUUUCUUUUGCAAGUGUUUAUUAUACUUGAACACAAAGGUUUAUGGGUUGUGUGUAAUAUGCAUUGCCUAAUUUGACCUGCACUAUCUGCAAAUAUUUUCUGACUUGGCAGACACUACAAAA